AUGUUGGUCUGUCAUCCUCGUUCCAAGAGCGGUAAACCCGUUAAACCUUAUUGCCAAUGCUGGAAUAAAAAGGUACCUGUGUUAUGGGUAGACAGAGGCGCUUGUGGAUGUGGCGAAGAUAAUAGUGUUAUUGAAUGGGGAUGGGAUCUCCCAGAUGGUUCCCAUGCCAGCAGUGUUGUGGUCAGCGAGGACAGGAAGCAGGUCACCUUCCAUCCGAUCUUCAGCACGGGAACCGCAGCCGUCAAGGGAGUGCUGCCAAUGAAACUAAACCAUCACUAUUACUGGGAGGUCAAAAUACUAUCGGAAACAUAUGGAACAGAUAUCAUGGUAGGGUUGGCAACCGACAGGAUCAAUACCGAGCACUCCCAGUUCCGUUUCACCUCUCUGCUGGGCAGUGACGGUGAAUCCUACGGCUUCUCGUACACGGGCGCCGUCCGUCACGAUGACGUGUCGUCAAGAGAUUCAUCCGGCUUUUGUCGCGGCAGUAUAGUGGGAGUGAGGCUGGACAUGUGGCAUGGGACAUUGGAGUUCUUCGUCAACAGGAAACCUCAAUGUGGCAUGUUCUACAAUCUUCGUCGUCACAAGGAGUUGUAUCCCAUGGUAUGUUCUACGGCCGCCCAGUCAUCAAUGCGUCUGAUAUACGCUGAUUCCUGGCGAGCCUCGCUCCUGGUUGACGCUGCCAAGAUAUUGACAGCAUCGGUGAAGAAUUUCAAGAAAAAUUUACCACCAGGGCUUCAGUAUACAUGUAGGACACGAUUCUGGUUAACCCUGCCCUCCGAAGUCUGUGAAGAUGAUGAACCAGAGAGCAUUGAGACUUUGGACGUUAGAUCUUAUUUGACUACUAAUGUGCGCCAGCCCACAGUAGUCGGCGUACCCAAUUUUAACGCUGCUGAAGAUGCAGCGACAUUGCGCGCCGCCAUGAAAGGCUUGGGAACUGAUGAACAGGCCAUUAUUGAUAUCCUGACCAGUCGCUCAAAUGCUCAGAGACAGGCUAUUUCUAAGGCUUUCACUCACGAGUAUGGAAGAGACAUUAUUGAGGAUUUGAAAUCUGAGCUGGGCGGCCAUUUCGAAGAUCUUAUUGUGGCCCUCAUGCUGCCACCCGCCGAGUACCUGUGCAAGGAGUUGAAUCAUUGUAUGGAGGGAAUGGGAACUGAUGAGAGUGUGCUCGUUGAGAUACUGUGCACACGCACCAAACCUGAAAUAGCCGAGAUUGUGCAGGCAUAUGAGAGACUGUACAACCGUCCCUUGGCUGAACACAUGUGCUCGGAGACAUCUGGAGAUUUCCGUCGCCUUCUUACACUUAUUGUUACUACGCACGCGCAGGGGGCGAGGGAUGAAGAGAGGGGGGUAGACCCGGGCCGGGCCGCGGAGGCCGCCCAACAACUUUACGAGGCCGGUGAGGCCAAGUGGGGCACGGACGAGGAGGUCUUCAAUAAGAUCCUGGCUCACGAGAGCUUCGCCCAGCUACAGCUAGUGUUCGAGGAGUACAAGAACAUCGCGGGGCGGACCAUCGAGCAAGCCAUCAAGGCCGAGAUAGACGGAGAGCUCAAAGACGCUCUGUCUGCUAUAGUGGAGUGUGUGGAAAACGCCGCGGAAUGGUUUGCGAGGCGCCUGAGAGACGCCACGCAAGGCGCAGGCACUGAUGAUAAGACUUUAGUACGAGUGAUAGUCAGCCGGGCGGAGAUCGACCUACAGACUAUUAAAGCAGAGUACGAACGGCUCUACGAUAAGACUCUGGAGAGCGAUGUUGCGGUUAGUGGAUAUAUUGAAUCGGACGAAAUCAUUUAUAUACAAGUAACACCACAGCUUGAUAAAUUAAAGCACAUUAUGCUUUAA